UGCUGACUUCUCAGUGUGCCAAAGCAGGGACCCUCCUGCCAGUGCUCAGGAUGGGGUGAGGGGAGCUGAGAGCCACACAGCUCUGGCUUCUCUCCAGGUACUUGGGUGAUGGGGGCAGUCCCAUGGGUGUCAUGACAACAUUGCAGUUGGGCACCAUGGCAAGGGGCCAGAGGUACUGUGCUAAGGCUGCGCUGGGACUGGGUGCCAAGUGUUAUGGCAACGCCAUGACUGGUGCUCUGGCAAUGCAGCAAUGGCGCUGCACCAGGUUGUGAUGACAUUGUCCAGGUGUCAGCAGGUCCCAUGGUACCAUGGCAACAACCUGACUGGGUGCCAUGGUGAUGUGUCACAAGCAGGUGCCAUAGCAACACCAGUUCAGGGGAUUCCCCUUAGCCCAACUUUGGGUGAAUGUCGCUCACCUCACGCUAGGCUGUGGGCCUCCUGUUGCCAUGGGAACAUGCCCCAUCCUCCACUAUCCCAUAAGGCUCAGCGCAGUGGGCAGCUGGGAACUAUAGAGGCAACGGCGCUCUGGUUAACUGGUCUCCCUGAUUGGCUGGCAGAGGAUGGGGCGGAGCCAGUAGGUGUGGAGCUUCCGGGUACGGAGAAGCGAAGCGCUUACGGGAGGGAGGCCGCCGGCCUGGGCUCCCCGAGAGUGCCCAUGCCGGUGCACCCGGCACCCAAGGAGGCGGAGGAGAUGGAGGGGGACGGGGACUCGGCACCUGAGCUGAAUGGCGAAGAGGAGGAGAGCGAGGAGGAGCAUAGUGCCAGCCCUUCUGAAUCAGAGGAAGAAAGCUCAGAGAUGGACGAGGAGGAUUGUGAGCGGCGCCGCAGCGAGUGCCUGGAUGAGAUGUGUGACCUGGAGAAGCAGUUCUCUGAGCUCAAGGAAAAGCUAUUCAAGGAGCGGCUGAACCAGGUGAAGGCCAAGCUGGAGGACGUGGCGUCAGGGCGGGCGGCCGAGUACCUCGACCCCCUGGGUGUCCUGCAGAACAACAUGAAGAUCCGCAUCGAGGUGGCUGGCAUCUACAAGGGGCUGUGCCUGGAGGUGGUGAGGAACAAGCACGAGUGUGAACUGCAGGGAGCACGCCAGCACCUGGAGAGUGAGAAGCUCCUGCUCUACGACAACAUGCAGAGCGAGCUGCUGGAGCGAAUCCAGCGCCUGGAGGAUGAUCGGCAGAGCAUCGACAUCACCUCAGAGUGGUGGGACGACAAGCUGCGCCCCAAGAACAGCCUCAAGAAGUGGGAUCCCUUCCGGCCCGCCAAGAGGAAGAAAGCGCCGCUUGUGUCUGGCCCCUACAUCGUCUACAUGCUGCGGGACAUCGACAUCCUGGAAGACUGGACGGCCAUCAAAAAGGCUAAAGCAGCCGUGUCGCCCCAGAAAAGAAAAUCCGAUGUGCUGGUGAAGGUGGAGAAGCCGGGGGCCCAGUUCUCAGCCCGCUGCGAGGACGGGCGGCUGCAUUAUGAGGGUGAGAUCUACAGCAAAGGGCAGAGCGUCAUCCUGGAGGUCGGGGACGAGGCACCCGCGCAGGCAGUGAUCACGGCUGUCAGCACUGGGGAGGUCUGGCUGCGCCGGGAGGAUGGCACCAAGACCAAAAUCUACGUCUCGCAGCUGCAGAAGGGCAAGUACUCCGUGCGCAAGGCCUGAGCGGGCCCUCUCGUGGCUCAGCCCUGCGGUUCGGCACAGGCCUCCUCCUGGAAACCAAUGGCCCAUGGACCCUCCCCGGCACACCGAGUGGCUGGACUUGCUCUCCCCUUGCACUAGGACUCAGAUGGAGAGGACUCUGGGGCCCUGCCCGGCGGGGUAUUCCCAUGGCCAGUGCUCCCGCCUCAGAUCCCUGCAGACAGGCCAGCACGAGGCUUCACCGCUCGCUUCCCUCGCUAGGACUCUGGUGUUUGUAGCAAUCUUGGGGGGCUGCACGUAAACCCCGGUGCCUGGGGCUGUUGUGCCCCCCAGGGAAAUAGGGGUGCUGGUUCCAGGGGCUUCAGCAGGAAAAGCCCUGGGCCUCGGCCAGACCCCUGGAAGCGUUCACAUUAAAAACCAAGUGAAACAUACAAA